AUGACUUCUAAUGCUUCGACUACACCGUCUGUGGAAUCAACCGCCACCGAUAGACAUAAACGGAAUUCGGAUGAUGUUGGUUGGGAAUAUGGUUUUAUCCCGGAUAAAAUCAAUUUGGAUAGAUUGAAAUCUAAACAUUCACAAGAUGAAGCCUUAAGAUUUGAGGUGAGACAAGAAUUUCAUGACAGCGUGGAUGGAGUAGAAGCUUCUUUGGGGUUGAAAGCACCAAAUGUUAUAGGCCCCAUGGAUGGCUACGCAAACGUAAUAAACCACGAAGAAGGCUUGAAUGCGAGAAAGGGAAAAAAUGUUGAUCUUAACAAUAUUGACCGAAAAGAAAGAAUAUUCACGGUCCAUAAAUACAUUAGUAGGUGGCCAUAUGAAAGCGCAAUUCCUUUUCAUGCCUUUGAAAGGGAUAGCUUCAAAAUGAUGUUGGAGGUUGUUGGCCAAUUUGGAAUCGGGCUUCCACCUCCUACUGGAUAUGCUUUGAGUGACACACUUCUAAAGCAUGAGGUUGAAAGAACAAAAAACUUGUUGAAAAAAAAUGAACAAGAAUGGAAAGAGGAUGAAUGCUCAAUUAUGACAGAUGCUUGGUCUGAUCGAAAGAGAAGGAGCAUUAUGAAUUUAUGUGUUAAUUCGAAGAUUGGUGCUGUUUUUUUAUCUUCAAAAGAAUGUUCCAACGAAGCACAUACAAGCCAAAAAAUAUACGAAUAUGUGUAG